AUGGACCGCAAGGCCUUUGACAUUCAGCCCAUUGGUCGCUUCUACGAAGCUAGCGCUGCCAUUCGACGUCCGAAGGAGAUUGCAUGUUUCUCUUACGAUGAUGAGCAUAAGUUCCAUCUCGGAGAUUCAUCAAUGAAAUACUACUAUCCGCCAUGCCUCCCCGCGGACCUGAACCGCGGUUUCGAGUCAUUUCAAAAGCUAGAUGAUUCAGCUGAUGAGCAUCUAGACGCUCUGCUCGAAACAAUCAUGGCUCUGGAACAAGAAACCCAGAAGAAAUGUGAAGCUGAUAUCAUCACAUGGAGAGGCAUGAUGACCAAGAUCCUUGCAGCUCCAUUUGAUAACUUGAAUGGAUUUGAAAUGAACGCGACCUGCUUCCAGGGCACAAUAUUUAUCGAAGAGAACAACAGCUACAAAAAUGAGCAGAAACGAGUUCAGAAGAACCAACGAAUGCCUCCGGGAAUGGCAUCUCAGGAUCUGAUGGCCUACUGGGGCUAUAAAUUCGAGACUCUUUCAGUGCUCGAUCAGCCAUGGGACCCGACUCCUCGCAGAGAGAUUGAAAACCGAGAGGAGCUCAUUGUAAACAACAAUGCCCAGUAUUGUUCAGUGGUGCGCACUGCCAUCGGCCGCGCACGCCUAGUUAUUGGUGGGGAGGUAGAUGCAAUCUGGGAUUGCAAACCUGAGCGAAAAGAAGAUCCUAUCCAUUGGGUAGAACUGAAAACUUCCGCCGAAAUAAGGAAUGACCGGGACAUGGUCAAAUACGAAAGAAAGCUUUUGAAAUUCUGGGCCCAGUCAUUCUUGCUCGGUGUACCCAAAAUCAUUGUCGGCUUUCGGGACCAACAAGGUAUCGUCCAUCGUCUUGAGGAGCUCGAGACUGCCGCCAUACCUGGAAAAGUCAAGAAGCUUGGCCGUGGGACUUGGGACGGAAAUAUUUGCAUAAACUUUGCGGCCACCUUUCUUGAAUGGCUUAAAACUACUAUCCAAGAGGAAGGCACAUGGAGAAUACGCAAACGUGAGAAAUCGUCACUAAUCGAAGUCUUUAAGGUGGAAGAGAGUGGAACUGGCGAUAUCAUCUCACCAGCAUUUUCAGCCUGGAGAUCCAAAUCUUGA